CUGUGGAUGGGCCGGGCCAGGCCGCUGGGCUCCUCCUCCUCCUCUCGCCGUCAGCUGGGCGGAAGUGGAGCGCCGAGCGGAGCGGAGGGCGGCUCCAUCUUGUGCGAGUCGGGAGCGGCGGCCGGAGGAGGAGGAGUGUCGGCGCUCAGGGCUAUAGCCAUGGCAGACAAAGAUAAAAGUGAGCUUAAAGCAGAAUUAGAGCGUAAAAAACAGCGCUUGGCUCAAAUCAGAGAAGAAAAGAAAAGGAAAGAAGAAGAGAGAAAGAAAAAGGAAGCUGAUCAGAAAAAAGAAUUGCCACAGAAUGAUGAGACCGACAUUGAGAAGAAACGAAGGGAAGCUGAUGCUUUGCUCCAGAGCAUGGGCAUUACAUCUGAGCCCUCUGUUGUCCCUCCUACGUCUCCUCCUUCAAAAUCGGUGAGUACACCAAGUGAGACUGGAAGCCAGGAUUCUGCUGAUUGCACUCUUGGGCCAAGGACCUUUCAUUGGGAUACCGAUCCUUCAGUUCUACAGCUUCAAGCUGACUCUGAUCUUGGGCGUGGAUUAAUCAAGCUGGAGAUGGCGAAGAUCACACAGGUCGACUUUCCUCCACGGGAGAUAGUUACUUACACAAAGGGAACACAAACUCCAGUCAUCACACAGAAGGCUGAAGCAGAAGAGGAGGAGGAAGAAAUUAUACCCAAGCAAGUAGCUGAACCAGAACCAAUACAAAUACAGAAAGAAGAAGAUAAAGAAGGUUUAUCUCGUGAACUUACAGAAGAGGAAAAACAGCAGAUAAUUCACUCUGAUGAAUUCCUCACAUUCUUUGAUCACAGCACUAGAAUAAUUGAACGAGCUCUUGCAGAGCAUAAAGAUUUGUUUUUUGAUUACAGUGGCAAGGAUUUAGAAGAAAGAGAGGGAGAACUCCAAGGUGGAGCCAAACUUUCUCUAAAUAGAGAGUUUUCUGAUGAACGCUGGUCAAAACAUCGUGUGGUUACGUGCAUGGACUGGUCACCUCAGUAUCCAGAACUCCUUGUUGCCUCGUACAACAAUAACGAGGAUGCUCCCCAUGAACCAGAUGGUGUAGCCCUUGUAUGGAACAUGAAAUUUAAGAAAACAACUCCGGAGUAUGUCUUCCACUGCCAGUCAUCUGUAAUGUCAGCUUCUUUCGCACGAUUUCAUCCAAAUCUGGUGGUUGGAGGAACAUAUUCUGGUCAGAUUGUGCUGUGGGAUAAUCGCAGUAAUAAAAGGACGCCAGCCCAGAGGACUCCACUCUCUGCUGCUGCCCAUACGCAUCCGGUGUACUGCGUGAAUGUGGUUGGUUCUCAAAAUGCCCAUAACCUGAUUAGUGUUUCAACUGAUGGGAAGAUUUGCUCAUGGAGUUUGGAUAUGCUUUCUCAACCACAGGAUAGCAUGGAGUUGAUGCAUAAACAGUCAAAAGCUGUAGCUGCUACAUGCAUGUCCUUCCCAUUGGGCGACGUCAACAAUUUUGUAGUUGGCAGUGAGGAAGGAUCUAUCUACACAGCAUGCCGCCAUGGAAGCAAAGCUGGAAUUAGUGAGAUUUUUGAUGGUCAUCAAGGGCCAAUCACAGGUAUUCAUUAUCACACUGCAGCCGGACCAGCUGACUUCUCUCAUCUUUUUGUAACCUCUUCCUUUGAUUGGACAGUCAAAUUAUGGACAACUAAGAAUAACAAGCCUCUAUACUCCUUUGAAGACAAUGCCGAUUAUGUUUAUGAUGUUAUGUGGUCACCCACUCAUCCUGCCAUGUUUGCUUGUGUUGAUGGAAUGGGAAGACUUGAUUUGUGGAAUCUAAACAAUGACACCGAGGUACCUACAGCAAGUAUAACAGUUCACAGUAAUCCUGCACUAAACCGUGUGAAAUGGACUCAAACUGGAAGAGAAAUUGCUGUGGGCAAUUCAGAAGGCCAGAUACUGAUUUAUGAUGUGGGAGAGCAAAUAGCAGUUCCUCGAAGUGACGAAUGGACGCGCUUCGCUCGCACUUUGGCAGAAAUAAAUGCAAACAGAGCUGAUGCAGAGGAGGAAAUUGCAGCAUAAAUAGCAAAUCAGAAUUCAAGCCAAGACCAGUAUGUAGAGUUGGAAACAUUUCAAUUUACUGUCCAAUUAAUCUUGGUUGGUAAAACAGCUAAAUGAAUUGCUGCCCCAAAUUGUUCAUUCCAUUCUCCCUCCAUUCAGUAAAAUGAGUCUCAUUACAUUAUAAAAGAUGGUCAAAUUAAUAUUUGAAAUGUCACUAAUUUGUGCAAUGGUAAGAGGGUAGAAUUCUUAUCAAUUUUAUUAAAAAAUGUACCCUUCAGGAAUUGAUUGUAGCUGUCAUAAAUUUUAAUAUCUACUAUCAUAAAGGUUGUACUUUCUUUCCUGUAUUAGAUUUGUAAUUUAUGUAUUUUUCUGAAAAUCAGUUUCUAUGGUUCAGUGAUCCUGAUAGCCCAAUAUCCAUCACUGACAUUUUGAACUCACCAUGUCACAUGUAAGAGUCACCACCCUGUAACCAGUUGACAUUGUUGCACUUAAUGACCAAAAAGGCAAAGGACAAUGUGAGAAGUUAAACCUGCAUUUUUUCCUCUUGUAGCAUUGCUAUUGUUAGAAAUACAACUUGCCCUUAUUAGACUUUUGAGUACAUUUUUAAAACUUUGGGGAAUAUGGAAGUUGCACCAACAUUUAUAAGUCCAGACGGCUGGGCAAUGGAAAAUUCAGGAAAUCGAAACUAAGACAAAACACUGGACUCAGCGGCAUCAGUGAAAAAUAAAGUUAACAUUUGAGCUUUGUGACCUGACGUACAUCUUUUCUCCACAGCAGCCACUUGACCUGCAAAGUAUUUAUAGCGUUUUGUUUUUAUUAAUCUAUGUUUAACAGAUAAGGCAUAAAAAUUAAUCUUUACAAAUGCAAAAGCAAGCAUUUCUUUUAAUACUGAUCUGUAAUAAUACUAAUUUCUUAAAAGGCCCAAAUUACUUCAGUGGAACUACUUUAAAGUGAGAUCUCUAUUUACAGAACUUUAAUGAAAACACCCAGGUUCUUAAAAUAGUUGUCAACUGUUAACAGAAUUAAAAAAAAUAGCCCAACCAUUGCAUAGUUCCAACACCUAUGUUAGCCAGCUUGACUGUUUCUCAACUGUCUCUGAACCAGCAAGAUUU